AUGCCUCAGGUACCACCUUCUAUUCUCCGUGCCCUUUCUAUCUCCGACCCCUCCAAAGCCACCCUCUCCACAGCAGGUCUAGGCUCCGGCUUCACCAGCACAGGCGCAAUCACAGCAACCGUCCCAGGCGCAGACGGCCACGAUGAAGAGCGCAAGUACUUCGUCAAGACGUCUGCCGACGGCGAAGCAGCAAAGGAGAUGUUUGCAGGCGAGUACGAGUCCCUGAACGCCAUCUCGUCAGCUGUCCCGGGCUUCUGUCCACGCGCUAUAGCCUGGGGUCCUCUAGAGGAAGACGGCAAGGCUGGGAAGAGCUACUUCCUCGCAACUGAGUUUCUGGAUCUCCGAGCUGGUGGGAGUGGUGGUCCGUCUCUUGCCCAGAGGCUAGGGAAACUUCAUUCCACGCCUGCGCCGAAGGAUCCGAAGACGGGGAAGAGGCUGUUCGGAUUCCCGGUGCCGACGUUCUGCGGAGACACAAAGCAGCCGAAUCACUCGUGUGAGUCGUGGGCAGACUUCUACGCAAAUGAGCGGCUUUUGACGAUUCUCGCGACGUCCGAGAAGCGCAAUGGGAAGGAUUCGGGGUUGAGGGGCUUGGUUGAGCAGACGGCGAACGUUGUUGUUCCUGCGCUUUUGGGUGAUGGACAUCUUGGUCACGAUAAGACUGGAAAGGGCGAGGGGAUUACACCCGUUGUUGUCCAUGGAGAUCUGUGGAGUGGUAAUGCGGAUCGAGGACGGAUUGUUGGGAGUGGACGUAAGGAGGAUGAGGAGGUCGGUGCUGUUGUCUACGAUUCGUCUGCUUGCUAUGCGCAUAGUGAGUAUGAAUUGGGGAUCAUGAAGAUGUUUGGCGGCUUUGGGUCUGCCUUCUUCAGUGAGUACCAUCGGAUCGUGCCGAAGACUGAGCCCGUUGAGGAGUACGAGGAUCGGGUAAGAUUGUACGAGCUGUAA